CGAGUGACAGAAUACACGGAGUUCUCAAUGAAUCAUGAUAUUGUUUUAUUUAAUAAUCACAAUAUUGUAUUUGUCUAACAUUAUACAUGGCGCAGUCGCAGUCUCCAUCAAUCAUGUCAAUGUUUAACAUACCUGAAAAACUAAACGUAUCCGGAAAUCUGUCAGAGAAUUGGAGAACAUUUGAUCAAAACUUUAAAAUAUACUUGGUGGCGUCCGGUUUAGAUAAAAGUGAAGAUGCUAGGAAGGUGGCGAUACUUUUAAAUGUCAUCGGGGAGGAUGGCAUUAAAAUUUUCAAUAAUUUCGCGUUGACGGAAGAUGAGAAAAACAAUUUCGAAAAUGUCAUGAAAAAAUUCCAAGAAUACUGCGAGCCUAAAAAAAAUGUGCUUCAUUCAAGAUUCCUUUUUUACACCAGAAAGCAGGAGGAAAGUGAACAAUUUGACAGCUUCCUAACUGACGUAAAGAGGCUAGUUAAAAGUUGUAAAUUUGAAGCGGAAGAUGAAGCUGUUCGCGAUCGACUCGUACUAGGUACCAAUGAUUUGAAUACGCAGAAGAAAAUAGUAAUAGAAGGCGAUGCGGAUCUGGACACGGUAAUCACAAAGUUGCGACUUGCUGAAUUAGGACGUCAACAAGCUGCAGAGGUCCAGGGCAAAGUCAAGGUUGACAAGGUGGUUGACAGAAGAUCCAACAGCAAACCGGUGCAAAAUAAUAUGGUACUAAAAUGCAAAUGGUGUGGAGAGCAACAUGAGCGUAAACUCGAAAUGUGUCCGGCUCGAGGCAAAUUAUGUACAAAGUGCAAUCGGUACAACCAUUAUGCAACAGUGUGCCGCAGCCGAUAUGUAAAAGUUAUUGCAGACAGUAGCCUGCAAAAUCAGGAAGAUAGUGAUGGUGAAUUUUAUUGUGGCAGUGUUCAGAAGAUGAUCCAAGGAAAAUUGAAUUAGUUUCAAAGUACCAAAAUGUAUUUACUGGACCAGGGAGAUUUCCAGCUGAAUGUCAAAUACUACUGAAAGAAGGGUCUGUACCGAUCUCAAAACCACCUCAUCGUAUUCCUCUAAAAUUAAAAGAAAAACUUAAGUCUGAACUUGAACGACUGUGUCAAAAAGGUGUCAUUUCAAAGACAGAUGAAGCCACAGAAUGGGUCAAUAGAAUUGUGAUAGUUGAGAAAGACCAAAAUGCAAUCCGUGUGUGCUUAGACCCUAGGGAUCUAAAUAAGUGUAUUCUUAAGAAAUAUUAUGAAAUACCAACUAUAAAUGACCUUAAAUCUAAAAUAUCUGAGGCAAAAUAUUUCUCGGUCCUAGACUUAAAAGAGUCUUUUUGGCAAAUUGGUCUUUCUGAAUCUAGUAAAAAGCUUUGUACAUUCUCAACAGUCUUUGGCACAUACAAUUUCAAUGUUUUACCAUUCGGAUUAGACAUUUCAGCUGAAAUUUUUCAAGAAAACUGUGAAAAUUGUUUCAAAAACAUUGAAAAUACAUUUAUUUACAUUGAUGAUUUUUUAAUAUAUGGAAAAACAAAAGAGGAACAUGAUGUGGCUUUAGAAAAAGUCUUAAGGAGGGCACAAGAAUUAAAUAUUAAAUUUAAUCUUAAAAAAUUUCAGUAUCUCCCUGAAAUAGUAAAGUAUUUUGGGCAUGAGAUAAUUAAUGGUUGUUUGAUGCCUGAUAAAAAUAAGGUUAAAGCUAUAAUGGAUUAUGACUCACCCUCUGAUAAACAAAGUUUACAAAGGUUUCUGGGCAUGGUAAAUUAUAUGAGAGAUUACAUCCCAAGAUUGUCCGAAUUAACAAGCCCGCUAAGAGAACUUUUAAAAAAAGAUGUUAUGUUUCAGUGGGGAGUGACUCAUGAAAAGUGUAUUGAACAAAUUAAAAAUAUUCUUGUUAGUCCACCUGUUUUAAGAAAUUUUGAUCCCAAGCAACCUUUAACUAUCCAAACAGAUAGUUCAAAAAAUGCAAUAGGCUGUGUUUUAAUGCAAUUUAAACAACCAGUUGCAUUUGCAUCUAAAAGCCUAAGUAAAACUGAAUGUGAAUAUGGUCAAAUAGACAAGGAAUUUUUAGCCAUUUUAUUUGCUUGUAAAAAAUUUCAUUAUUAUAUAUAUGGUAGGCAUACUGUAGUACAAACUGAUCACCAACCAUUAGUUGCAUUAAUGAAAAAAGAAAUUUAUUCCAUUGAAUCUCAAAGAUUACGAAAAAUUAGAUUAAAACUAAAUAUAUAUGAUAUUGAUGUCCGCUAUGUUAAGGGUUCACAGAUGUUGAUUGCAGAUGCUAUAAGUAGAGCAUCUUCAAAAGCUGAUGCUAGUACACUUGAACAAUCUUUGGACCGCGUUGUUCAUACUGUGAAUGUAAGUGAUAGUUUUCUGAUAGAGAUUACAGAAGCCACAUGUAAAGAUGCAGCACUAUCCCAACUGAUAGAAUACUAUAAUAAUGGCUGGCCUACAAAUAUUGAUAAAGUUACAGAUCUUGUCAAACCUUACUGGAAAUUAAAAAAUAACAUUGUAGUUGAAAAUAAUAUUGUAUAUUUAGAUCAUAGGAUUAUAGUUCCCUCAUCUCUUGUAAAAACUGUUUUGGAAAGAGUACAUUCUUCACAUUUUGGUAUCACAAAAACACUGGGUAGAGCCAAGUCACUUUUCUUUUGGCUAAACAUGAAAAGCAAUAUCAUUGAUACUAUAAGUAAAUGUCAUUUAUGUGAAAAAUAUAGUGCUAAAAAAGUAAAGGAAUCCUUAUUAUUAGAUGAAACUACGCCGUCACUCCCAUAUCAUAAAGUGGGUUGUGAUUUUCUAAAUUAUGGUAAUGAAAACUAUCUAGUAGUGGCUGACUACUAUACUAAGUGGUUUGAUCUAAUUAAAGUUAAUUCCAUGACUGCUACAACAGUUAUAAAUAUAUUAAAAACCUUAUUUGCUACUCAUGGUAUACCAAGCAUUCUCAGAGCUGACAACAUGCCAUUCAACUCUAUUGAAUUUAAAAACUUUGCAAAACUGUAUAAAUUCUCUGUUGUUACAUCUAGCCCGCUGUAUCCUAAAUCGAAUGGCUUUGUUGAAAAAUAUGUUGGUAUAGCAAAAACUAUGUUAAAAAAAUGCAAGGAUGAGAAUUUAGAUAUACAUCUUGUUAUCUUAGAAUAUAGAAAUAGCCCAGUGAUAGGUUCACCAUAUUCUCCAUCACAAUUGUUGUUUAGUCGUUUUACUAAGUCUACACUGCCAAUACACAACAAAUUGCUUGCACCAAAAGUAGUCACUGAUUUUGAUAAGUAUCAAGAAAAAAGAAACAUUAUAAAUAAAACCAAUUAUGAUAAGACUGCUAGACAUUAUAAUUAUAAUCUAGAAAAAGGGCAAGAUGUUGUGUAUCGCAGAGAAAAUGUAUGGUUGCCAGCCAAAAUAGUGGGCCUUCACAGUUCGCCCAGGUCUUAUUUGAUCCAAGAUGAUCAGGGUUCUAUAUUAAGAAGGAACUCUUCGCAAUUGAAGCCAUCAGCAACUUCCAAGAUCCCAUCAGAUGAUUAUGUUAGGUCGCCUAGACGAUGUGUUAUACCUUUAGAGGAUGGGGACUCGGAGUUGCCUAUGGGUUCGGAGCAGGUUAUGGAACCUGGAUCUUCGGCUAAUUGUGAA